AUGAACGAUACAUUCGAAAAGGUAUCCUUACUUAACGAACUAGGUGUACACGUCCCACCAUGGUACACCGCUCUACCAUUAGCUGCUAGGAUCGCUAUAGGUUUCGUGGGCAGUAUCGCCUUGAUAAUUGGAUUAAACGUUUUUAGACAAGUUGCUCUACCACGUAACAAGUCUUUACCUCCUCUGGUGUUUCAUUAUAUACCUUGGUUUGGAUCUGCAGCUUAUUAUGGUGAAGAUCCUUACAAGUUCUUCUUCGAAUGUAGAGAUAAGUACGGAGAUGUCUUCUCAUUCGUCAUGAUGGGUCGAACCCUCACUGUUGCCCUCGGUCCAAAAGGAAACAACUUAUCUUUGGGUGGUAAAACCUCUCAAGUCAGAGCUGAAGAUGCUUAUACCCACCUCACGACUCCCGUUUUCGGUAAAGGUGUGGUGUACGACUGUCCUAAUGAUAUGUUGAUGCAACAAAAGAAAUUCAUCAAAUCAGGACUUACCACUGAGGCUUUACAAUCUUACCCACCUCUCAUCACCUCAGAAUGCGAAGAGUUCUUCUCUCACGAACUGAAACUGUCUAAAUCCAAUCCAACCGUCAAAGUGGACUUGUUGAAGACAAUGUCAGAAUUGAUCAUUUGUACUGCGGCAAGAACGUUGCAAGGUAAAGAAGUCAGGCAAGGGAUCAACGGGAAAUUCGCACAAUACUAUGAAGAUUUGGAUGGUGGUUUUACCCCUUUGAACUUCUUGUUCCCCAAUUUACCUCUUCCAUCUUACAGACGACGAGAUAAGGCUCAAAAGGCAAUGAGUGAUUUCUAUAUGAAGAUUAUUGAGGAGAGAAAGAAGGGUGAAAGUGAUCACGAACACGAUAUGAUCUCGUCUCUCCAAGGUUCAGUCUACAAAGAUGGCGUACCCCUCACCGACAGGGAUAUCUCUCAUAUCAUGAUUGCUCUUUUGAUGGCUGGUCAACACACCUCUUCUGCUACUUCCUCUUGGACUUUACUUCACCUCGCUGAUCGACCUGACAUCCUUGAGGCUCUCUACCAAGAACAAGUCAAACACUUCGGCAAACCUGAUGGCACAUUUUCUCCUAUGACUUAUGAAGCUGUCAAGGACUUGCCUCUUAUGGAUUCCGUCAUCAGAGAGACUUUGAGAAUGCACGCUCCUAUCCACUCAAUCUACCGAAAAGUCAUAUCCGAUAUCCCCGUUCCUCCAUCGCUUGCCGCCCCUGCUGAGAACUCCUCUUACGUUAUCCCCAAAGGCCACUUCAUCCUCGCUGCACCAGGUGUAUCUCAGAUGGAUCCCCUCAUCUGGCAGAACGCCAAGACCUGGACACCCGAGAGAUGGCUCGAGGAGAAAGGAGUCGGUCAAACUGCCGUCGACACUUAUACCAAGUCUGAACAGGUCGAUUACGGUUUCGGUGCGGUAUCCAAGGGUACUGAAAGUCCUUAUCAACCUUUCGGUGCUGGUCGACACAGAUGUGUCGGCGAACAAUUCGCUUAUACACAACUAUCGACUAUCAUCGCUUAUAUCGUUCGACACUUUACGAUGAAAUUGGAAGUUCCAUCUUUCCCCGAGACUAACUAUAGGACUAUGAUCGUGUUGCCUAAAAACCCUCAAGUAAGCUUCACUUUGAGGAAACAAGAGGUUUAA